CGUAUAAUAUAAAAAACAAUUUGGAAUAUUAUCAUAUCGAAGAAAAAUAGAAUUUGCAGCAAAUGUGAAAUAUUUGUAUAUUUGUUUUUAGUGAAAUACUUGUUUGAAUUUGUUUGAUAUAUAUAGUUUACCUAUUGUUUUAAAACGCAUUAUUGAUUAAAUAUAUAUUUUAAUUAAUAUUUCAACGUUACGUCUUGAAUUUAAAAUAAAAAGUUUUAUAAGAAGAAAAUAUGUUUCCGGCUUAUUCAUAUUUAUCAGCUUAUGAUAGACAUAAAAAACUUAUUAAUGAUUAUUUUACGUUAUAUGGAGGUUCGGUAUCAUCUUUAGAACGAGACACGUCCCGAGACAAGACAGACUAUGAUGUUAUUAAAGAAAACCAUAGAUUUUUAUGGGAUCAGGAUAAAGAUGAACCAAAUACAUGGGGUGCUCGUUUGGCAAAGAAAUAUUAUGAUAAAUUGUUUAAAGAAUAUUGUAUAGCAGAUUUAACGUAUUAUAAGCAAAACAAGGUUGCUUUAAGAUGGAGAACAGAAAAAGAAGUUAUCAUUGGUAAAGGACAAUUUGAAUGUGGAAAUAAAACAUGUAAAAAUAAGGAACAACUUAAAUCUUGGGAAGUAAAUUUUGGUUAUAUAGAGCAUGGUCAAAAAAAGAACGCUCUUAUCAAAUUAAGAUUGUGUCCUGAAUGUUCCAUAAAGUUGAAUUAUAAAUCCCAAAAAAGAGAAGCAAAAAAACAUAAAAUAUUAAAAAGAUUAGGAACAAAUAUAGAAACAUCUAAUAAUACACCUAGUACUUCUACAGUUCAGGUUAAAAUUGAAGAAAAUAAAGCUAUAAAUAAUAUUGAAAAAUCAAUUGAAGAGAAGGAUGAAUCUAAAAUUUGGAAAGAAAAACCAAUUGAAGAUUUGGAAAAAACAAGAGAGGAAGAAUUUGAAGAAUAUUUAGCAGAUCUAUUAAUCUAAAAAAUAAUUUAUUUUAAUAAUUAAAAUAUUAAUAAUAUCUAUAAAAUUAAUUUUUGUUAUAGAUAUUGUUUAAAAAAUAUAAUUUCUAUAUAUAUGAAAAAAAAUUAAAUUCAUUUUCAAAUAAAUAUAACAAUUACAGUUAUCAUAUUUUUAUUUCAAUUGAUACAUAUAAUUCAUAUUUUACCAGCAUGAUAACAAGGCUUAGUAUACAUAUUUUUUAAUUUUUACACACAAAAUAGCUAUUGUUUAUUUUUACUUACAUUAAAAGUAUGAAAAAAUCUAGCACCAAAUAAUGUGUAUAUUUAUACAUAUACAUAUAUAUUGUAUAAUAAAUAAAUACAAUUAUUUAUUUGUAUUGCAGUC